AGACAAUGGAAAUUCCGCUAGGGGUCGUUUUUGUCAAACGGCAGGGCUGUGGUCUAGUCACGUGAUCACACGGCAGCCAUUUUGAUCUCCAAGAGGAGAAGUGACAUCAUUUCUGUGUGAAAAACCACCAACUUACAGAGUGCAGCCAUGUCGGAUCCAGAGCCGGGGACUUACAAGGUGGCGGAGGUGAAAACAGCUCCGUUUGACGCCCGUUUCCCCAACACGAACCAAGCGAGGUACUGCUGGCAGGGAUACAUCGACUUCCACCGCUGCACCAACAUACGCGGGGAGGACUACGAACCCUGUCAGUACUUCAAGCAUGUCUACCGCGCAAUGUGCCCCAAGUCUUGGUCGGACAUGUGGGAUGAACAGCGUGAGAGCGGCACAUUUGCCGGGAGGGUCUGAUGCUGCUUCACCACAGAGAACCAUCCUUACCUGCUGUGUUCCUUCAUGUCAUACUAGAGGAUAUUGUUGUUUAAGUGCCCCUAAAUGUCUACUCAAACCAGAGGAGAAAAAUGUAUUGUACACUGAUCCAGACCACCAGAGUGAAAUGUUUUAAACACUAGUAAUAUGUAGUCUUGACUAUGGCAAGGUGAGAAUCACUAUUGAGUUAAGUGCUAACUCUAUUCAAUGGCAGUAACAAAAAUGUCUGAAUGGUUGUAGUGCCUGCUCUAUGUUAACUCUGUGAUACCUCAACAAUUGGCACCAAUUACAACAAAUGUGACCAAUAGCUAUCCCUUAAUUCCUAUGUCAAGCCAAACUGGAUGAUAACUCUCAUUUUGGCCAUUGUCAAUACAACCAUGGAGUGGCAUGUAAACUAAAGUUUAUGGAUAUGAAUAAAGUGUUGGAAAAUCCAA